AAGCGGCUGCACCCGUAGCAGAACACCCGCUGGAGAUUCUCGAGCGAGAAGGAGCGAGGGUCGUCAAAGGACGGAGAUCCCAGGCUCAGCGCGGUAGGAGACCAGCCAGAAGUGGACACGGCCCGGAGGAGGAUAAAAUAAGCGAAUCAGCAGGUCGUUGUCGUAAUUCUGGCUACGUCACACCGGUGCUACCCCUCUACACUCGACGGAGGGUUGUAUACCCUCGUGUAGGGGGGCACGACGCGGCGCGAAACGUAGGCGGGGGUUGGGGAGAAACGCGGCGGGUUCGAGGGGCGGUGGGACAGGCGGUGGUGAGAGGAACGCGCGGAACGCUUUAUGAAUGAAUGUUUCCACGCCAAGUGUGGCGAGAGAGCGAGAGAGGUACCCGUGUGUCCCACGUGUAAACACAAUAAUACCGACGUUUCCAUUCAUCAGGUCGACCCCGGGGCAAAGCACGCCGCGACCUCGAGAAAUGCCUUUCGAGGCGCCACGUGGGGAUCUCGCACAGCCCCACCCUUAUACCUCGAAUCUAUCCCCUCCUUUUUUAUCCCCCCCGACCCUUCGCGGCACUGUUUAAAAAGCGAUUUCAGUCUCUCCUUCUCGGCUCGCCGCGCAACAACCGCCCUCGUCGCAUCCUAUCGAGCUUCUUGAACGGGCGCGAAUCGAGGCCGCGGCCGACACCCCCGACCUUGCCUUUCGACGCUCGCGGACAAUUAAGGAUUCCCUUUCGUCCAACGGUCGAUCCCGCGGCUCCCUCCUCCAGUAAUCAACGAAACUGGAGGAUGUUUUCGCGUGCGAGGAUUGUCGUAAUAACUGAGACCAGGAGGCAAACUGCAAGGUGCGUUGGGUUUCUGGGAGGACGAGUCGAGGCAAAGGGGACUCGUUGAAGUCGUGGGCGGAGCGCAGCGUUUGGUCCUUAGUAUGCGCCAUGGAAUUAGGUUUGAUCUCGGAGCCCCGUCAGACAAGUGUCUCGUUCGCAGCGCUCUCGAAUGACGGGUCGCCCGUGAGAACGAGUGCGUCGGUUUCCAAGGAAUUUCCCUCGAUAAAUUCCCCGAUUCCCGGGAAUCGUAACGAUCGCGAUGGAAUGGAAUUCGUCGCGAGGAUGCCCACGUCGCGAACUGCCAGAAAGUCUUCGUUGAAGCUGACCAGCCGCGACAAAAGGAUGAGAUCGUUGACGACGGAGAGGAACGCGACGGUGGAUCAUUUUUGGAAAUCGUGCAAGAGGAGAGUGGGAAGACCGAAGAAACGGGUAGAACCUAAUCGCGAGGACUCGGAGUUCAAGAUGAAGGCGAAUCUUUGUUACGAUCGAAUAGAGAACGUCCAGGUUUUCCCAGGGAUCGCUCGUCAGGUUUCCUCGACCUCCAGGUCGCUGCACGCGAAGAAAAGCGCGGUGAUGCAAUCGAGUAUCUUCCAAAUGCCCACCACCGCGGCUAGAAACAGUUAUCCCGAUCGCAAGUUGAGUCGCGGAGGCGACAGGCUGGUGGGUAAACGUCGAACGAAGAGAAGGACCAAACGCGGAAGACCCGCGAGGAUCGUUGAAAACGUCGAUCCCUCGAAGAUCGUGCCGUCUUACAGCAGAAGUGCUGCUGCAGCGUGUCGGGGGAAAGAGAAAGUCCUCAACGGGGACACCACCAUCGACGUCCAGUGGGAAUAUCGUGAACAGGAUCUGCGUCCUUCGACGAACGCGCGCGAGGACAGGGAAUCCAUGAUGAACGAUCUCCGAGGUCAACAUUUUCAGACGACCUGUUACGAGUCGGCAUCCCCUAACCACACCCCAAUAAUCGAGGAAUCACCAUCGACUUCGGACACGGAGGACGCGUACCCAGCGCAUGAAUCCGAAAAUUCACAAGAAUUCUUCGUCCAUCCGGGCCAAGCAACGAUGUUCGACGACGUCCACACGCUCCCAUUGGCCGAGAGGAUCUCGACUGGGAGCAAAUCCUCCACCGACGAUGUCGAUUAUUCCGCGAAAAGCGACGACGAGGAUCGACCCGAAUAUCCUGAAAAGAACCCUGGAUCCAGCGAUUUCUGUACUGUUUCGAACCAUUCAAACGUCGGAUCCGAGAACGAGGAACCCUCUCCGAUUAAAAGACGUCGACGACGAACGAAAUGCAAUCGACGGAAGUGUUCUUUGGUUCGCCGUGACAAGGUGGCCAGCGAGAGGAGGGUUCUGGGUGGGAAAAAUAACGAUGCUCGAUGCAAAUCAGCGGAAAGUGUAAGGAACUGCUACGGAAAGCAAACCUCGGUGAAGAGGAACAAGGUAACCGCGAAUGGGAACGUUAACGCCUCGUCUAUCAGGAAGUUUGCGAAAAAUCACACGCAAAGAGCAAAAAUAUUCAAAAACGACGAGGAAUAUCACGAUUUGAAGAGGGUGACUCGGGGAUCGACGAAAAUCAGCAAGGAGAACUUCGUUGGGAAGCUGGUGUGGGGAUCUUGUUCAGGAUGGUGGCCAGCAUUAAUCAUCGAUGCGGACCAUGUGGGAAUGUUGUCUGAGGCGGGAAAAUUGUGGGUUUACUGGAUCGGAGAAGCUCGUAUAUCAUUACUGAACGAAAAAACACAGAUCGAAUCGUUCACAUGCAACCUGCACUACAGACUGAUGCAGAACUCGAACGUGGCGCGGAGCCGAGCCAUUGACGCAACUAUGCAGAUUCUACGAGCACGGCUGGGCUGCACCCUGACGAAGCCGUACUCGUCCUGGAUUGAAAAUAAUUUCUCGGAUGGGCUGGAGUCGCUCGAUGAAUUCAAGUUCUACCCGUACCCGAAUAGAAUACAACAGAGACUGAACUGCCUGAAGGAGAAGAAUUCGAAAGUCACCGAGAAAUACUUGCUGGAUCAGAAACGUGAGGCGCAGGUGAAAAAGGUGAUCGAGAGACCGAAAGAGUCGCCGCAGCCGAACGACGCUGAUGCGUCGCGUUUGCCUUUGAAGGAGCAACAUCCAGGAGUCAUAACGUGGGCUAAAAUCGCCGGGCACAAUUGGUGGCCAGCAAUGAUUAUCGAUUACCGGGAUUGUUGCAUGCGCGAGCCGGGCUUCGGUUGCCAAUGGAUCAUGUGGUACGGCGACUACAAGCUUUCGGAGGUACAUCAUCAGUCGUUUAUGAGGUUCGACCGUGGCAUCGAGAAACUUCGCGACUACAUAAACAACACCAAGAAGCACGCCUAUCUCGUCGGGGUCCUCCAGGCUGCCAAGGAUUACUGCUCUCGUUUGGGAUGCGAAACCGAUAAUUGGACGCUGGUGGGCGUGUUCAAAUAUUUCUCGAAAACGGACCGUCUCCAGCCGCAAUACGACCACCCCAGAAAGGGCGACUCCGUCAAAAUAUACGAUAAAUACUCGGCGCACAUCGUGAAGCAGCUGAACGAGCUGAAGAACAAUCCGAACAUCGACGACAAACGAGCGGACGACUUGAAGAGCAGCGACGAUUUACGGUCCGUAGUAAGCGGGAAGGUCCCGUUGGAGUCGUUGUGUCUGAAGUGUCUGAAGACUCCCAGCGGCGCAACGGAGGCUCACCCGUUUUUCGAGGGAUCCCUGUGCAAGGACUGCUCGGAACAAUACAAGCCCUGCAUGUUCGUGUUUGGCAACGAUGCAAAAUGCUUUUACUGCACCAUCUGCGCCAGUUCCGGAAUGGUGAUCAUCUGCGACAACGAGGACUGCCCAAGGGUUUACUGCACUGCUUGCAUGAAGCACCUGCUGUGCCCGACAACGUACGAUAACGUGCUGCAGGAGGAUCCUUGGGAGUGCUUCCUUUGCCAAGGCAGCUCCGGCGUGUCCUCCGAUACGAUUGUCAGGCCACGACCGAACUGGAAGGACAAAAUAAUUGACAUGUUCCGUACAAAGAGUAAUUCGAAUAUGCAAGUGGCACGCUGCGAGAAGAAGAGAAGAAUACGUGUUCUCUCCUUAUUCGAUGGCCUGAGCACUGGCCUGUUGGUACUUCUCAAGCUGGGCUUGGCCGUGGAUGUCUAUUACGCGAGCGAAAUCGAUCCCGACGCGUUAAUGGUCAGCGCAUCGCAUUUCGGCGACCGCAUUGUCCAUCUAGGCGACGUGAUGGAUAUAACAUGCCAGAAGAUCAAGGAAAUGACACCGAUCGAUCUGUUGAUCGGUGGAUCACCGUGCAACGAUUUGAGCCUCGCUAAUCCGGCACGACUCGGGCUCCACGACCCAAAGGGAACCGGUGUUCUCUUCUUCGAAUACUGUCGAAUCAUGAAGCUGGUGAAAAAGCUGAACAACGGACGUCCCCUGUUUUGGAUGUACGAAAACGUCGCCUCGAUGCCAACCGAGUACAGAUUAGAAAUGAACAAACACCUGGGUCAGGAACCAGACGUGAUAGACUCGGCGGAUUUCUCCCCUCAGCACAGGUUGAGACUUUAUUGGCAUAAUUUGCCAAUGGAACCGCACUCGUUGUCGUCGCAGGGUGAGCAGGACGUCCAAGACAUACUCACGCCCCACUGUCAGCGAUACGCGCUGGUGAAGAAGAUCCGAACUGUUACUACAAAAGUUAAUUCCCUGAAGCAAGGUAAAUCAGCCUUGAAACCGAUUCUGAUGAAGGACGAGAGCGACUCGCUGUGGAUCACCGAGCUCGAGGAGAUAUUUGGAUUCCCGCGACAUUAUACUGACGUGAAGAAUCUAUCAGCGACAAAGCGGCAGAGAUUAAUAGGAAAAUCAUGGAGCGUGCAAACUCUGACCGCCAUUUUGGGAUCACUCUGUCCCUACUUCGAGUGCAAUACAGUUAACGAAUAG